ACUUUAAGCUUCGCCUUCCUUAAUCUAUGAACUCUAUCAAUUGAUGUGAAUUGAAGCUUCUGUACUUCUUUUUCUUUCUUUUUUUGUUCCUCCGAGAAGUUAACACCCCUUUAAUUCCUCCUAAUCGUUCUUAUAUAUUUUAAGGCCGUCGUCAAUCCCUUUGAUUGUCGUGUUAAUCAUCUCGUCCGUUGCCCAACAUGGUGGCCUUCCGAUACUCUGUUCUCGCCGCUCUGGCUCUGCGCGUCGUAUCCGUCUUCGCUGCUGAGGGUGACUCUCCCCUCGCAGAUGAUGCCGGUAGCCCUCCCGAGGUCGAGCUGAAGGCUCAGGUCGCCGCUACUUUCCCUGAAGCCGACGACAUCUUCGGUGUCAAGCUCGUCAACGGCCGCCCGACCAAGGCUGUUAUCGACGUAAUCAACAGCGAGGACGAGCCUAUUCUAGUAGCUUUUGUGGGAGGCCAGCUCCUUAACCCCAAGGACCAGGGCCCUGACGUCGACUUCGCCAAGUCUGUUGUCCGUAACUUGACAACUGUCCGCUAUGAGGCGUCAGUCCCGGCCGGCGAGACGGCGUCGCUCCCUUACUCCUUUAUCCUAGACAUGCAGCCCCAGGACGUGCGCCUACAGCUCGUCGCCGUCGUCACCAACUCCGCGAACCAGAUCUUCCAGCUUGGCGUCUACGACCAGACCGUCAGCAUCGUCGAGGCUCCUACCAGCAUCUUUGACCCUCAGAUCAUCUUCCUAUACAUCUUCCUCACCGCCGCCUUCGCCGGUACCUGCUACUUCAUCUACAAGACCUACAUCGAGGCCCUGUUCCCCCAGGCCAAGCGUCCGGCCAAGAAGGCCCGCGCCCCCGUCGCCGAGAAGGAGCCUCUCUCCGGAGGCGAGGGCUCUGCUACCGGCACCGACAAGGGCUACGACGAGAGCUGGAUCCCCUCGGACCACCUGAACCGCCCGGCUGCGCGACGCGUAAAGAGCGGCGCUAGCAGCAAGUCCAAGUCCAAGACCGCCGAGUAGAAACGGCGUUGCUAUGUUGGGUCACCUGCUGAGUAGCACGUGCACGUAUCAAUUAUGACGAGGAAGGGGUAAUCCGGCUUUGUGAGAGUUGGGUUGGAAAUAAAUACGUGCAUGGGCUUGGUCGGAAGACUAGCGGUGGGAAAAACGGAACCGUGUCAGGCAAAAGGGUAUCUGGGCUACUACUACUGAUGUAGCUGGUAGGAUGUCUUGUUGUGCUGAGUGCGGAUACCUAUAUACAUGUACAUGAAUGGGACUGAUACGAAUAAGUCCUAAAAUAAUGCUGUUCUAUUGUGAAACUAUCGCCU